AAAAAGUUUGAAGGAGUGCAUUCGGUAGCUUUUGCAAAUUGAACUAAUCUCUAAGACUUUAAUAGACUUUAAUAGCUCAAGCAAAAAGGCUCUUUAACGAGAGGUAAAAUGUGAUUCCCAUUUAUAGGGGAAAGAAAAAAGGGAAUGAAAAAAGGAGGGAACAUAGGACGGUAGCAAUAAAAAGUAAAGGCAGAAAGAUAAAUUGAAUCUGAGGGGAAUGUCAGUAAGAGAGCAUUGGAUUCAAGGAAAUUGAGAACAGGGAAGAUUGACUGAAAGGAAAAGAGAAAAACAAGGCUAGAGUAGAAUUAAAAGACACUAGACUGGUCUUUGCUAAGAUUAAAUCCUUAGGCACUUAAUGUCUUCAUCAAUCAGGUCCUUAAUGAAUUUGACAUCACAUUCGUUUUUAAGACCAACACUUAAAGGUAUGAUAUCACGUAUACAAUCAAUCUGACGUCACAAACGGUUUUGAUUGCUAUAAAAGGGGAUGCGUACAGCAAGAGAUUACUUGGCGAAGAGUUUCGUUAUCUAAGCGGUGUUCUUCAGCAAUCUUCUACAAGUUGUGAAUAUAGUUUGUACAAGAGAUCUACGUGUAUCUACGUAAGCUGUUGUUGGUGAUUUGUGCGUUACUUACAUCGGAUUAUGAUCAACAUGUCGUUGAAAAGUGAGGAGAAAAAGGCCGGUGGUGACUCGACUUUGGUGAAGGAGCUAAUGAGCGAACUGGAGAAUUCGAAGAAAGAAGCGAGCAAGCUAAAAGAACUGAACGGAGUUUUGGUGAAGUGAGUGCAAAUUGUCGAUUCUUCAUAAAGUUUAAUAUCUUUUUGCUUUUUACGAAAUAAUUUUGAAAGUACUGAACGAGGAUCAAGAUACAUUUUUAUCCUAAGUGUCUUUGCCUUAAUGUGAAACCUCAACUGCAAGUAAACAUUUUCUGUCGAGCAUCGACAACAAAAAAUUAUAUGAGUUCCUUUUUUUAUUCCAGAAAAUCUAAUGAGCGAGAGAGAGCAUUCAAGUUAGAGAAGGAUCAGUGCAAAAUGGAGGUCAGCAUGGUUUACAAAUACAGUUUCUUAUAAGUAAAUGAUACCAAAAACUUUGAUUGAUACUCCAUGUUCCUAUAGAGCUUAAUGUUUCAUAUCUGCUGCAUCGAUAAACGAUUUCCAAGGAAUCUUUUAGACGAAAAAUAAUUUUGGAUAUAUUUUCUAACCCUAGAUAAAUGAUCUUAAAAUGCAAAUGAGUGGCUUGACGGAAGUACUAAACUAUCAACAAGACAUGGCGGAUGAGUUGGUACAACGCGAGCCAGAGAAAGUCAAGAAAUUGAAACGUCAGAAAAAGGAGUUGACUGACAAUUUUCAAGAGAAGGAGAAGCAUUUAGAAGAAAUGAAGAAAAGUUUACAAGAAAUAAAAGUUGCCUUUGAAAGCAAGAAAACCGAAAACAAAGAAAUCAAAGAGGCAAUGCUGGAAUUGAAAAGCGAAAACAUCAAACUUCUCAGUGAAAAUUCUCUACUUGAAGGUCGUCUUGAAGAGCAAGAAAAUAACCUUUCCAAGAAAGAAGACGAAAUUUUGGAUCUCAAACAUGAGAUAGAAGAGCUUAAAAACAAAAUGCAAAAAGACAAGACAUGCAUUGCUCGACAAGCAUCGAUCAUUUCUAACCAGGAGGCAACGAUCGAGCAGAUGGAGGUUGAUGCAGUCAAAAAGGGUCUGAGAAUAUGGGAGCUCAAGCAUGAAAUGAAGGAAGCCAACACCAAAGUGACAAAAGAAGUGGCUGAAAUUACUGUAAAGAACGUCAUCAGGGAAGCAGGAGACAAGGCUCAAAUUUUCAAUCUGGAAAACAAAAAUAUCUCACUCAGGUCAGAAAAUGAAUCUUUGGUGCAGAAAACAAAAUGGCUGGAGAAAUUAGUUACCGAGCUGCAGGACAAUGCACAAAACAUGGCAGCCACAGCUGAAUCAAAGAUUAGAGAAAUGGCUGACGAAAUUCAAGAAGCCACUACGAGGGCGAAAACUACAGAAAAGAGGGCAAACGAGCUUGAAUCAUGUCUUAACGAGACUACUGAAUCAUUGGCAAAUGCUACGGAGCAAAUCGAAAUCACAAUACAAGAAAAAGAUGCCCUUCUUGUCAGCCUGAAGGAGAAGGACCAGACAUUGAAGUGGCAGCUCCGUGAAAACAAGCAAAUGAGGUAUGAGAUUGACAUUCAAGACAUGAGGAUCGAAAACAUGGCAGCGAGGCUUAAAAACAUUGCACAAAUUUGCUUUGAUACCCCAGAGCUUAAUGGGGACAGUGAGGAGAGGUUGGAUCAAAUGAUCGAAAGAAUACAAGGGAUGCAGGAAACAUUGGCAAAAGUGGAAGUGAAAAAGAAGCCUUUUGUUAAAAGACUUUUUAAAAGAUUUCGCAGUGCAAACAGACUUUAACAAAUAUAAGACAACGUUAACACCCAUAUAGUAUUUAAACUUUUUUCUAAGAAUUGUAAUUGAUUAAAAAAUUUCGUUUGGAAAGAAGAUUUUCUUCAAAAUUGUUUUGUAUAUUUUAAUGUCUCUCUCAUUCGGGCUCAGUGUGGAUAUUGCUAAGCUGCAUUCACUAUUGUGAUUAAAUUCAGUUUCGUUUGAGGUCCUUUCAGUAUUAAUUUCUAACAAUCAAGUAUAUUUAUUCUUCCAAAACUCCUUUGGAAAAGAUCAUAACAACGCUUCAGAUAGGGUGUCUGUUUAUAAAGGCAGAGAGAUGUGUGUGGGGGCUAGAUGAAGAAAAUUCCUAAUGAAUGUCUAAGAAACGUUUUUAUACAAGAACCUCAUUCUACAAAGCAAACUUCAAAGAUUUUGUUGCGUUUUAAAAGCAGAGGACUUGAAAUGGAACUUAUUUUUCUUCAAUGCCACCUUCGCCUUGAAUAAUAUUAAAUUCAAGCUUAGUGGUGUUUCCAAUCCUUCUCCUUCUACUUUCGAAAACAAUUCUCAUAACUUCUGAAAACAUAUUUUGUAAAUCAUACAAACGACAACAAAUGUCUUGUUCCUGUUGCAAAGUAUAGAUUAUUUAUGGGGAGGAUUUUCAAAGGUGCUGAUAGAUUCAACAUGAUAAGAAGAGGAGUAAAGAUUUUUGUCAAACGGAAUCCAAUGUGAUUUGAUAUCAUGUAACUAUUUCGCUGCAAGCAUUGCAUAAAUCUUCGUGAAUGCAUUUAUGAAAGAGCAGUUGAUGCACAGCAAUAUGUGAACAGUUUCUGCUUACCUAUAUUCAUAGCUAGGCAUGCCAAUGCAAACCACUCUGUUGAACGUCACUCACAUGGAGGCUUUAUAAGACAGGGCUUUAUUUUCUUUUUGGGUCAGAAGAUGAUGAAGACUUGUGCUUUGACCUGCCUUCACUGAAAGGAAAAAACAAACUUUUGGACAACAGCAUCAAUAGGGUUUUCAAAAUUGAAGCAAAUAAGAAAAAGUUUGAAGGAGUGCAUUCGGUAGCUUUUGCAAAUUGAACUAAUCUCUAAGACUUUAAUAGACUUUAAUAGCUCAAGCAAAAAGGCUCUUUAACGAGAGGUAAAAUGUGAUUCCCAUUUAUAGGGGAAAGAAAAAAGGGAAUGAAAAAAGGAGGGAACAUAGGACGGUAGCAAUAAAAAGUAAAGGCAGAAAGAUAAAUUGAAUCUGAGGGGAAUGUCAGUAAGAGAGCAUUGGAUUCAAGGAAAUUGAGAACAGGGAAGAUUGACUGAAAGGAAAAGAGAAAAACAAGGCUAGAGUUAAAAGACACUAGACUGGUCUUUGCUAAGAUUAAAUCCUUAGGCACUUAAUGUCUUCAUCAAUCAGGUCCUUAAUGAAUUUGACAUCACAUUCGUUUUUAAGACCAACAACUAAAGGUAAGAUAUCACGUAUACAAUCAAUCUGACGUCACAAACGGUUUUGAUUGCUAUAAAAGGGGAUGCGUACAGCAAGAGAUUACUUGGCGAAGAGUAUCGUUAUCUAAGCGGUGUUCUUCAGCAAUCUUCUACAAGUUGUGAAUAUAGUUUGUACAAAAGAUCUACGUGUAUCUACGUGAGCUGUUGUUGGUGAUUUGUGCGUUACUAACAUCGGAUUAUGAUCAACAUGUCGUUGAAAAGUGAAGAGAAAAAGGCCGGUGGUGACUCGACUUUGGUGAAGGAGCUAAUGAGCGAACUGGAGAAUUCGAAGAAAGAAGCAAGCCAGCUAAAAGAACUGAACGGAGUUUUGGUGAAGUGAGUGCAAAUUGUCGAUUCUUUAUUAAGUUUAAUAUCUUUUUGCUUUUUACGAAAUAAUUUUGAAAGUACUGAACGAGGAUCAAGAUACAUUUUUAUCCUAAGUGUCUUUGCCUUAAUGUGAAACCUCAACUGCAAGUAAACGUUUUCUGUCGAGCAUCGACAACAAAAAAUUAUAUGAGUUCCUUUUUUUAUUCCAGAAAAUCUAAUGAGCGAGAGAGAGCAUUCAAGUUAGAGAAGGAUCAGUGCAAAAUGGAGGUCAGCAUGG